AUGGAAUCUAACCCUAAUCUAACCGUAGGCUAUAUUGAAGAUGAUCAGAUUUCACCAGCAGAACACCUUCCCGCAGGAUAUAACGUCGAUUGGAGAACACUCAAUAGACUAAGAACGGGAGUAGGACGAUCAAAAGACAAUCUGAAGAAGUGGGGUGUAAUACAAAGAGACACGAAAUGCGACUGCGGAGAUGAACAUACCGUGAGCCACCUAUUGAUAUGUCCAGACUGUCCAACAACAUGCACUACUUCGGAUCUCUUAACAGUGACCAAAAAAUGCAAUUAA